AUGUCUUUUAGUGGGUGGAAAUCAUUUCCAUAUCAAUUAGCCAAACAGGGCCUGAGAGUGACAGUGACAGCCGCGCUCCGGUCCGGCCGCCGGCGAGGAGGAAGAGGAAGAGGAAGACGACCACCAUUACCAUGCCCGCCACCGCCACGUGUCCAAAGGCCCUCCACGCCCACCUCCUCCGCUCCGGCGCCCUCUUCGCCGACCCCUCCGCGGCGGGCCCCCUCGCUGCCGCCGCCUCCCUCGCCUCCCUCCCCUACGCACUCUCCAUCCUCCGCGCCCACCCCACCACCUUCUCCUACAACUCCGCCAUUCGCGCCCUCGCCCGCGGGCCCCGCCCCCACCUCGCCAUCUCGCUCUACCGCUCCAUGCUCUCCCACUCCCGCUCCCACCCCAACAACUACACCUACCCACCACUCCUCGCCGCCUGCGCGCGCCUUGCCGAUUCCGACCUCCUCAGCUGCAGCUGCAGCUGCUGCGGGGGUUGCCCUCCACGCCUCCCUCUUCCGCCGCGGCCUCGAGUCUCCCGACCGCUUCAUCAGGGCAUCCCUCCUCUCCUUGUACGCCGCCGCGGGGGACUUGCCCGCUGCACGCCAGGUGUUCGACCUCAGCCCCCCUAACCACAGGGACCUCCCCCUCUGGAACUCGCUCCUCCACGCCUACCUCUCCCGCGCCCACUACGUCCAGGUGCUCCGCCUCUUCCGCACGAUGCGCACUGCCGACCACGUCACCCUGCUCGCCCUCCUAUCCGCAUGCGCCCACCUCGGGGCGCUCCACACCGCCCGCUGGGCGCACGCCUACCUCGCAACCACCUGCAGCUUCCCCAUCACAACAAAUCUUGCCACCGCGCUCCUCAACAUGUACAUGAGGUGCGGCGACGUCCAAACCGCAUGCUCCCUCUUCCACUCCACUCCCACUCGCCACAAGGACGUCCACACCUGGACCGUCAUGAUCGCUGGCCUCGCCCUCAACGGCUUCUCCACCGAUGCACUCCAUUUGUUCACACACAUGAAGGACCACAACAUACAGCCAGAUUCCGUAACCCUCACCGCCGUUCUCAGCGCAUGUACGCAUGCUGGCAUGGUGGACGAGGGCAAGAGGAUCCUGCGCCGUAUGCCUCUCGACUAUCAUCUGCAACCCACCAUAGAGCACUAUGGUUGCACCGUCGAUCUGCUUGGCCGAGCAGGCCUGCUAGAGGAGGCAUUGGCUCUUAUUAGGGCCGUCCCGUUCAAGGCUGACGUUGCCCUAUGGGGUGCUCUCUUGGUGGCUUGUAGAUGUCACAGGAAUUUUGAGAUGGGGCAGAUGGUUGCGAUGGAAAUUCUCAGGUUGGAUCCCCAGCAUGCCGGGGCCUGGGUGUUCUUAUCAAAUGUAUAUGCGGCUGCUGGGAAAUGGGACCUUGUACAAGAGGUCAGGAGCUCGAUGAAACAACACAGGAUACACAAGCCUCCAGGAUCGAGUGUUGUCGAACUUGAUGGUGUUGUUUACGAGUUCUUGUCUGGGGAUCAUUCACAUCCUCAGUCUGAUCAGAUAUAUGCAAUGCUUGAUGAGAUAGGCAAAACCUUGAGCCUCAAAGGGCACAAGCCUGCCACUAAACUAGUUACCUUUGACAUUGAUGAGGAGGACAAAGAAGUUUGUAUCUCGCAGCACAGUGAGAAGCUGGCAGUUGCCUUUGGACUGAUAAACACGAGGAGAGGGGCUGUUAUCCGAAUAGUGAAAAACUUGAGAAUCUGCGAGGAUUGUCACUCUGUCAUGAAGGUAGUUUCCGAGGUCUAUGAUCGAGUGAUAGUUGUUAGAGAUCGUAACCGUUUCCACCACUUCAAAAGUGGUUCUUGUUCUUGCCUGGACUACUGGUAGCACAGUGACAACAAUGUCCCCAGUUUCUUAUGUUAAGAUCAACUAGCUGUAUGCAAGUGUGGUUGGAAUUACAGAAGUAGCAUUUUCCUAUUCUUGAUUA